GAAGAAAACGGUGCAUUUGACUUUGUAACAUAAAACUCAAAAUGGCAAGCGAAAGUUCGUUCACUUCCUUGCUAGAAGAGGACCCGUUCACCGAGAACGACGAAAGCAUCGAGGAUCACUACUCGUCCGUGUUGAGAGACGCCCUGGAGAAUUUAACAGAAAGAUACGAGGCGGAAUUCUUGCAGCAGGCGUUGCAAAAGUGUUUGUCAUCUUGUCCGGAUGAUUUGCUGGACGAGAAAAUCUUCAACGAGACGCUUCCACUUGCCCGUCGUCUUUUAACCGAGGUUCUGAAGCAGAUCGACGAAACGAUACGUAGAAGUGCGAAAGCAGAGACGUUGAAAGAAGACACGAGACGACAAUUGCUCGUGUGCUAUGAAUUGUCGAGCGUAUGGGAAAGAUCUAUGGAACGUGUGUCGAAGCUUGAUAAAACGUCCGCGAUUAAUCUUAAAUGCAUACUGGAGAACGCACUUGCCGCGAUUAAAUUAAUAUUCGAACACUGUAGAGCAAGCAAGAAAUUAUACGGUACUUUGUUCGAGGACGUGUCAGAGGAAUUAACGAAUCUCUUUCGCAAGACGAAAACGAUCUUGAGUCUAUUCCUAGCCACUUUGGACGGUGUAAUCGUCUUCGACACGGAUACGGAAUCGGAAAUGGAGCUGUUGGUAAAAGUGAUCGAUACAAUUGGAUUGUUCGUUACCAUUACGCACGAGCUGGAUCUGAAAACGUUCGUAGAGACGUCGAAAAUGUUUGGCAAAUUGGCGAUCGCGCAUCAAAACUCUGUAAAACGAACGAGGGUGACCAGCGUUACCUUCCAUUUCGCACAACUGGCGAAAGAUAUAUCGUCGAUGCUUUCGUUCUGUCAGGAUUCAUCGUGUCGAAUCGAGGAGAGAAAGAUACGAGUUAUCGGUCAUUCGUUGAAAAUUUUCGACAGACUAAUUGCAGUUUAUUGUUCGUGCAUAAAUAGCGAAAUCCUUCCGUUUAUGAUCGAACUUCUGUUCAAAAUGCACAGGUGUUCCCCUUUGUGUUUACAAAAAUCACAGCUCGACGGUAAAUUGAUCGAAUUGAUAAACGUUCAUGUCUCGAAGGGGACAGAGCCAUUUUUGAGUACCGUUUUCAAAAUUUCCGAUUUCAAGCAGGCAUUCUUCGAAUACGGGAAUCAAACGGAUAUCGAUAAAUUAGGCUACUAUUUAUUAACAAUUGGCAUCAUGAAAAAAUUGAUCGGCAUGCCGUACGAACAGCAUUGUAAAUGGACAUUAGGCGCUGAAUCGAUCGUCGAUGUCGCAUUGACCAAUAUUAAUUACAUACAGGAAGAGAUUUGCGUGGGUGAGGUGAGAUUACAAGGUGUACACGAUAUCGGUGAAAAAACGAGAUCCGCCACAUUAUACGAAGUCGCAUUGGUGUCAAUUUGCAGUCUAAUUAGCCAAAUUCCCACAGAGGGAUUUCAUGCUGUUGAAUUAAUUUUGUUGAAACAUUUGCUAAGCAAUGAACUUUGGAGUUCCUUGCUCAGCUCGGAUAUUUGGUGCUUCAUUGGCCGCAUUGGGUCCUCCGAGCUUUGUGCAAGUCACGUGAAAUACUUAUUGAACGUGUAUACCGUGUUAAUGAAACGUAGCAACAGCCUCGAGGUCGUUAUACUGGAGAAUUUAAUCGGAAGAUUAUACAGCUUGCUCUCAGAGGAAACAAGACAUUCUCUUAUAAUCGAGCUUGACGAUCUCGAGAAUCUUUCAUGGACACCUGUCGCGCGAUUUUUCCCAUUGAAGACAAAGCUAUUCUUGCAAAACCGACUGGCUUGCGUACUAAACGAGAUACCGAACACAUUCGCAGAAUUACAGAGACAACCUACAGUACAGAAUUGGAAUCGUAUCGCAAUACUGAUGUCGACGAUCGGAAAACUCAAUUACACGGUGGAGAGGAACACCGUUGAUGUCCUAUCCGAGAUGUGGAACUCUGUUGCGAAUACGAUCGAAAUAUUUGAGGGAAGACAAUUGGACAUAUUGUCGGAAUUCAUGUCAAAACUGUUCGCCGCUACGCAACCAGAAAAAAUUCAGGACGAUACUUUCUUCUCGAUUCUAGAAGCAGUUCUGACGUCAUUCCUGUGCUUUCCGUUACAUGUGAAGGUAAUUUCGUCGCAUUAUUUGAGGAACAAUAUCAAUUUCUUCGCCAGCUGCGGCAUUAAAGCUGCGAAUGCGUUAGCAGAGCUCAAUUGUCAACUUCUAGAAGACGAAAAUCCAUGGCUGCGGCAAGAAGCUUUGGAAUCGUUCGAUCAUGUGGCUCAUAUGUGCCCAAAUGAAGAUCUAGUAACCACAAUGGCUGCUGCGAUUACUAGGAGGUCGUCAUUGAAUGAUUCUCUGCCCUCUUAUCUCUCUGGCACGGUUUAUUAUGAGCUGCAAGAUUUUUCAGAUGUUCGAAUUUAUUUGCAACACGUGGCGAAAUAUUGCCGUAAUGCCUGCCAUGUUUGCAACAAUUACGAGGACUCUCAGAGAGAUGAAAAAUUUCCUAAGUUAGAGACUGAAUCCGUUGAAAGGUUGAACGAAAGUUCAUCUUUGAACAAUCUCGACGAACACGUCAGCAAAAUAUGCGACGAAUUGAGCAAUAUUUUACAAAAAAGUAACGAUAUCGGGAGUCACAUUUUACGAAGAUUGCGAUCCAUUUGCACGAAGAUUUUAGAUAUGACUGAAUUCAAAUGA